UAACCAACAUUUAUGUUAUUGUAAUUAGUCGUUGAACGCAGCAGUUGACACAGCGAAAGUUUCAAAAUGUUGUCUCAUUUGAUCGUUUUCUUGUUGAGUUCGAGUGCCGUUUUUACAGCACCAACGCCAACAUCAGCUCCAUCGGAACCGAAAACAAAAUCUCCACCUGUCGAAAUAAUUACAAUGGAAAGCGAACUGUUACCAGACGGAUCUUUUCAUUAUAGUUUCGAAGGAGCGGAUGGCACUAAAGCACGACAAGAAGGCACUUUGAAAUAUUUUGACGAAAAAAAUGCUGGGGAAGUAGUUAAGGGAAGCUACGAAUACGUUGGCGACGACGGAAAGUUGUAUGCCGUGUCUUAUUACGCUGACGAGACCGGAUUCCAUGCAGAAGGAGAUCAUAUCCCUAAAAUACCGGAAGUAAUCGCUAAAGCUCUCGUAUGGUCUGCAGAGCAUCCGUACACGGAAGAUAAUGCAGUGGAAACGGCGUGAUUCUGUAAUUCUUAUUUCAUCUUUGGAAAGAACUUGAUAAAAUGAGUGUGAUCGAUACUUUUUUAUAUGUAAAUAUUAUAAUUCUGUAUGUAACUAUAUGACACAAUAAAUUAACGAAAUAAAAAGACUGAAAAUUAA